AUGGAAGAAAAUGUGUCUCUACCUCAGGAGGUCUUAAGCAACCUUAAGGAAUGCUUACACCGCUUGAAAUUGGAAAACUACACGACGCAUUAUUCGAAAGGCUCCGAUAAGGGGCAAAAUUAUUUAGGCAUCAUAACGAAAGUUAAAGUUAGCGGAACCGACGAGAAGGGCGAUACAAAAACGGUGAAUCUAAUAAUAAAAAGCGCGCCGCAGUCGCAAGAAUUCAGAGAUUACAUCAAAAUCGACAUAUUACACGAACGGGAAGUCUACAUGUACGAACGCGUUUUCGUUGAAUUGUCGAAAUUAAUAGAAGAAACCGAUGUUGAUGUGUCUUACACAGUUCCACGAUGCUAUCUGACUAGCAAGACAUCUCCGUACGAACAUCUAAUUUUCGAAGACAUGAUUUCUCUCGGAUACGUUUUAAAAAACAGAAAAACCACCUUAGAUUUAGACAAUUGUUUGGCAGUAUUAAAAGCGUACGGGCAAUUUCACGCUCUCGGUCUAGCACUCAAAUACAAAAAACCCGACGUUUAUAAAGAAUUAUCCGACAAUACCAAAGAAAUGUACUUCAACAACGAAGACAAAUCGCGCCCGUCCGCAGUGUGCCUGCUCGAUUGGCAAUUGAGCAGGUGCGCCUCGCCCGCCGUCGACGUCUCCUACUUCAUAUUCGCCUGCACCGAAAAGGCGCUGCGCGACGCCCACUACCCGGCCCUCCUCGACGCCUACCACUCGAGCUUCGUCGAACGCCUGGCGUCGUCGGGCGUCGAUCCGGCCGUCUUCGCCUCGGCCACUUUCGCCGAACACAUGCGGAAAUUCUCGAAAUACGGCCUGAUGAUGUGCCUGAUCGCGGUGCCGCUGUUCGCGGCCGAUCCGGACGAAAUACCCGAUUGGACGGGCCACAUGGAGGAGGGCGAGCGCGAGAAGAUGUUCCUCAUGGAGAGGAAAAGCGAACGGUACAUCGUCGACAAAUUGACCGGUAUCGCCGGCGAUUUCGAUCGCUUGGGGUACAUUUGA